AUGGGGCUUUGGCGCAAUAUCUUAAAGACUGACACUGGACGUGCUCGACGUCAUCUACAAGUGGAGCGUCGCCGGUUACUUCCCGCCUACGAUUCGGAUCCUGUUUCUUCCACUGGGCCUUCCAAGGAAAUAACUAAAGUGGCCCUUAGACUAAAGUACCAGAUUGAGCGAGUUAUUCCCUGCGAGGUUGAAGAAAACGUCAUCACCAGUCCCACCAGUCGCGUCAUUACAGACAACGUUGUUCGAACUGCCAAAGAGGCGGGCGGCGAAGACCUUCAAGGUUGUGUUGUAUUUUGCUUGCUUGUAUGCUUACGUUGGUUCAAAAUUCAAGCUAUAGAGGAGCUUUGGGAUUCCGACCUUCACGAGAGUCGGGCCCUUGCAUGUGAGGUUAUAGCCAAGCGCAUAAUUGAAACUGAAGAGAACCAAGAUUUUCUACUGCUCCAUACCCUGCUCAAGCGGUAUUCUGUCUUCGUCGACGGAGAAGAGACUGUACCGGCUAACGUCAUUGAGCGUGCUGUAGACCUUCACGCGUUGAGGAUCAUCGGAUCUUCUGGAUAUCAGAAAUGCAUCAAAUAUCUCUGGAACGGCUGGUUUUGUCAACAGGACGGCAACCCAACCAACUUCGUUCCCUACCAUGAAAAAGAUAACACGAAUUUUGCAGUCCAUUUCCACCCCGAUAGGAUGAGGACACCUCUGUAUCAGAACGCAUGCCAAAUCGCUGUCUCUCUAGUGUACCUUGCACUUUACACUCAAGUCAUUAAUACUGUCAAUCGGACCGGGGAUCUCGAUGUCGCGGAAGGCAUCCUCUAUAUGAUGACCCUUGCAUUCACCUGUGACGAGUUGACCAAAGUAUGGAAGAUUGGACGGCAUUACUUUGAUUUCUGGAAUGCCUUCAAUUCCACCCUUUACGCCAUUCUUGCCGUCUCCUUCUUCGUUCGUGUCGCUGCUCUGACACACUCACCUUCGGCUGAUGAUCAGAAGAGACAAAUACUCAAUGAACUAAGCUACAACUUUUUGGCAUUUGCGGGGCCAAUGUUCUGGAUGCGUAUGAUGCUAUAUAUGGAUUCAUUUCGGUUCUUCGGAGCCAUGUUUGUCGUUCUGAGGGUCAUGAUGAAGGAGAGUAUAAUAUUCUUUGCUCUCCUCUUCGUUGUCCUAGUGGGCUUCUUCCAAGCCUUCUAUGGGAUGGCUCAGGUGGAGUCCGAUAUCCCUGUUGUCAAAAAUAUUGUGCAGGGCAUGGCAAACAGUAUAAUGCAAAGCCCCGAGUUUGGCACCUUCGAGGAUUUCGCGUACCCGUUCGGCAUUAUCCUUUACUAUUUAUUCAACUUUAUCAUCAUGACAGUAUAUGGCUGUCUUCGCGCAGAAAACGAUGUCCUACGUCCGGGCGCCAGACGAGAAUGUCUUCAUCCCUCCAUGGUAGCAUUCAACCUCAUCGAGAUUAUCUUCCUGAUCGCACCCUUCGAAUGGUGGCUCCCACGCAAACGCUACGCAAAGCUAAAUGAUAUUAUCAUGGGUAUCAUCUACUCCCCAAUUCUUCUCAUAACAGCGUCCCUUGAAGCCCGCGAAGCCCGUCGGAUAAGAUGGAAUCGUCGCCGUGGAGAGGAAGAUGAUGAUGACGUGCAGGAAUGGGAGCAUGCCGCUGAGGAAGUGGAUUUUGCAAUCGAGGAAAGCUGGAAGCAGACUGUCCAGGACACGACUCCCAACGUGACUAUGGACAGUUGCACUCUGGAGAUCAUUCAGCUAAAAGAACAGAUACGUGAAUUAACGGAGACGGUGAAGCUACUGGUUGGAGAGAAGGCAACCAAAGGAACGCUGUACGGCGGGUCUAGCUCGACCAUACUUGAACGCGAAUAG